AUGCUCUGUGACUCGGGCUUUAAUUACGCGUCGGCUCCUGCGGCAGCGAUCGGCCCUUCGCUUUGUCUACUGCCGGGAGGAGGCUCAGGGCCCAGGGAGGAGGCUCAGGGCCCAGGGACGAGGCUCAGGGCCCAGGGAGGAGGCUCAGGGCCCAGGGAGGAGGCUCAGGGCCCAAGGAGGAGGCUCAGGGCCCAGGGAGGAGGCUCAGGGCCCAGGGAGGAGGCUCAGGGCCCAGGGAGGAGGCUCAGGGCCCAGGGAGGAGGUUCAGGGCCCAGGGAGGAGGCUCAGGGCCCAGGGAGGAGGCUCAGGGCCCAGGGAGGAGGCUCAGGGCCCAAGGAGGAGGCUCAGGGCCCAGGGAGGAGGCUCAGGGCCCAGGGAGGAGGCUCAGGGCCCAGGGAGGAGGCUCAGGGCCCCAGGGAGGAGGCUCAGGGCCCAGGGAGGAGGCUCAGGGCCCAGGGAGGAGGCUCAGGGCCCAAGGAGGAGGCUCAGGGCCCAAGAAGGAGGCUCAGGGCCCCAGGGAGGAGGCUCAGGGCCCAGGGAGGAGGCUCAGGGCCCAGGGAGGAGGCUCAGGGCCCAGGGACGAGGCUCAGGGCCCCAGGGAGGAGGCUCAGGGAGGAGGCUCAGGGCCCAGGGAGGAGGCUCAGGGCCAAAGGAGGAGGCUCAGGGCCCAGGGAGGAGGCUCAGGGCCCAGGGAGGAGGCUCAGGGCCCAGGGAGGAGGCUCAGGGCCCAGGGAGGAGGCUCAGGGCCCAGGGAGGAGGCUCAGGGCCCAGGGAGGAGGCUCAGGGCCCAGGGAGGAGGCUCAGGGCCCAAGGGAGGAGGCUCAGGGCCCAGGGAGGAGGCUCAGGGCCCAGGGAGGAGGCUCAGGGCCCAGGGAGGAGGCUCAGGGCCCAGGGAGGAGGCUCAGGGCCCAGGGAGGAGGCUCAGGGCCCAGGGAGGAGGCUCAGGGCCCAGGGAGGAGGCUCAGGGCCCAGGGAGGAGGCUCAGGGCCCAGGGAGGAGGCUCAGGGCCCAGGAGGAGGCUCAGGGCCCAGGGGAGGAGGCUCAGGGCCCAGGAGGAGGCUCAGGGGCCCAGGAGGAGGCUCAGGGCCCAGGGAGGAGGCUAAGGGCCCAGGGAGGAGGCUUCAGGCCCCUGGAGGAGCUCGAGGGCCAGGGAGGAGGCCGCAUGUGACCCCGGGAGGCACGCCUGCAGAGGCUAUUGCCUCGCAGCGGGCUUCACUUUUAGCCAUCAUCGGCCCACGAGUCAAUCCUGUGUGCCCGAUUCUCAGCCACGUUAACAUAACUUCUACUUGUCGGAGCUGGCACAAGGCCUCGGGAAUGUUGCAGACACAAGUGCAACAUGAUAUUCGUGUCAGAAAUGGGGACCAGUUCGAGGUUUAUUGA